AUGUCAACCACCACCGCCGCCGCCGUGCUUCACACCUCCCAACUGCUCCGCCGCACCAUCUUUAACCGAGCAUUUGCCUUAAUCUACGCUUCCGGCAUCUUAACGUUGCUCUACCGCCACCUACUUACACUCCGCCAUUCCACCACAUUCAUCUCCGCCGCCACCACGGCCACUUUCUUGAUCGCCGACCUUGUUCUUGCCUUCAUGUGGACAACCACCACCUCCUUCCGCCUCUACCCCACCACUCGGAAAGUCUUUCCGGAGAAUCUUGAGAAGGUCUUGGAGAAAAAGGAUUUUCCGGCGCUGGACAUAUUCAUUUGCACGGCGGAUCCCUACAAGGAGCCGCCAAUGAAUGUGGUGAACACGGCGUUGUCUCUGAUGGCUUACGACUACCCACCAGAAAAGAUCUCGGUGUAUGUUUCCGAUGAUGGUGGCUCAGAGCUUACUCUCUUUGCUUUCAUGGAGGCCGCCAAGUUUGCAAAGAUUUGGCUGCCAUUUUGUAGGAAUAAUAACAUCAUCGACAGAUGCCCAGAGGUCUUUUUUCGAUCGAAUGACAUUACAUUUUCCGACAGCACCAAGAUCAAGGGAAUGGAUGGUCUCCGGGGCCCGUGUUAUGUUGGGAGCGGUUGUUUUUUUGAUCGUCGAGUGUUCUUUGGUGGCCCGUCGUCACUUGAAUUGCCGGAAGGCCCUCAACUCCAUCCUGGACAUGUAGCAAAAAAGCUCAUUAGAAACCAUGAAGUUCUAACUUUGGCCCAUGAAGUUGCGGGUUCGAAUUACGAAAACGAUUCGCUUUGGGGAUCGAAGAUGGGAUUCAGAUAUGGAUCGUUAUCGGAAGACUUUUUUACGGGCCUCCACCAACAUUGCAGGGGAUGGAAGUCGUUAUUCUUCCAUCCUAGGAGGCCCGCAUUUUUGGGUGAUCUACCAAUUUCCCUCUAUGAUGCACUGAACCAGAAUAGAAGGUGGUGCAUCGGGCUCCUAGAGGUUGUAUUUUCAGAAUAUAACCCGUUAACAUUUGGAUCGCGCUUCAUGGGCCCUCUAAUGGGCCUUGCUUAUGCACACAAUGCGUUUUGGCCCAUUUGGUCGAUUCCAAUCAUCAUAUACUCGUUCGUCCCACAACUAGCUCUUCUCAACCAUUUAUCCGUCUUCCCAGAGGUCACGAGUAUCUGGUUUCUUCUAUACGUUUUUCUCUUUCUUGGAGCUAACAUACAAGACUGUCUCGAUUUCAUUUUGGCCCACGGGACAUUCCAACAAUGGUGGAACGAUCAACGGAUGUGGCUUAUACGAGGUCUCUCAUCAUACUUGUUUGGGUUCGUCGAAUUCUCGAUCAAACGCCUCGGAAUCGCAUCAAAAGGUUUCCAUGUGACUAGCAAAGUGGUCGACACUGAACAAAGCAAGCGGUACGAUAAUGGGGUUUUCGAGUUUGGUGUUCCGUCACCAAUGUUUGUCCCCCUAGCGACGGUUGCGAUUGUUAACGCCAUCACAAUCGCAUUCGGGAUUGUGCAAACUUUAAUGGGAGAAAAUAUGGAUGGGCUUUUUGGGCAAAUGGGCCUGGCUUGUUUUGGGGUAGUGAAUUCUUGGCCCAUUUAUGAAGCCAUGGUGUGGAGAAGUGAUCGAGGAAAAAUGCCUAGGGUUAUAAUCGUAAUUUCAACGUUUCUAGCAUUGUUUUUGUGCACGUUGGUUUUGGUUGUACAAAAUGCGUAGUACGCAUUAAUAACUUGUACCUUUGAAGGUUACCAGGGUACAACCUCUAUUGCGUAACCGAAAUAUUCAUUGGCUCAUUUAUAAAUUUGAUGGUACACAUAAAUCGUGGAUUUGUGGUGGC